AUGUCGCUGACGGCGGAGUUGUUUGGAUCCCCCGGCCCGUCCUCGACGACGGCGGGGGUGACGCAUGCAGCCGGCGCCCCGAAAGGGGCCUCCGGUUUAUUCGAGCCGGUAAAAAAGGCCGCCUUUGAUCUCUUUGCGUUGGCGCCGCAGGUGAAGAAAGCCACCCGGAAGGAGAAGCAGCGCCUGCGUUUGCAGGAAAUAGCUGCGCCCAGAAAGGGCACACACAAGACCGAUGACGCGACGGAGAGGGACGCUGAGGACGACGUCUUCAAGACGGUGCUCCUCACCGAGGAGACCAAGGAGCGGGCCACCACCGAGAAGCAAAGGAAGGCGUCUAAACAGCACCUGCGGCAUGCACUCCAUGAUAACAAGGAGGAGGAAAGCCGCACCGUGUUUGUUGGGAAUCUCGUGAAUGACGUCAAGCGGCGAACGAUAGAAAAGGUUUUUAAGAACUGUGGGACGAUCGAGUGUGUUCGAGUUCGGGCGCAGGCGCUGGAAAGCGGGGAGGAGGAAGGCCGUAGCAAGGGUAAGAGUGUGGGCCGUGCCAUACGUGUGCUGCGUGGAGAGAUCAAGAAGGGUGACCAGUACAGUGCGGUGGCGUAUGUCUUGUUUAAGGACGGGGCGUCUGUGGCGAAGGCGCUGGAGCAGAAUGGCGUAAUGGUGGACGGGCGCCACAUUGUGGUCACUGCCAUGGACGCUGAGAGCCGGGCGUACGCGCCGGAGACGUCUGUAUUCAUAGGCAAUAUCGCCUACGACACAAACGAGGAAAUGGUGUGGAAUUUCUUCCUGGAGAAAGGGGUGGGAGACGUGAGACGCGUUCGCCUCGUUCGGGAUCGUGACACGGGCAGCUGCAAGGGGUUCGGCUACGUCGAGUUCCACGCGCCUGCCUCCGUGUCGCGGGCCAUUGCUACCCGUGGCAGUCUGCUGAACGGUCGGGAGGUGCGAAUUGUCCACGUGCAGAAGUCGAAAGCCGUGACCGCGACGAAGGCAAGCCGGCGGGAGAAGCGGAGGCGGGAGGAGCAGGCCACGACCAACCCCCUCCACGGCGGCGGAACGAAAAACAAGAAGGCGCGUCUGGAGGAAAGGGGUCCCAGGCGACAGGCCAACGCGGAGGGGGAGUUUGCGUGGAUGGGCGUCGUGACGAACCCGCGCAAGAAAAUACCAAAGGACCUGCGACCGUUAGUGGAGGGCAAAAAGAGCCGCCCCUCGUCAGGGCCGCGAGCCCCGGUGAAACGCAAGAUGCGUAACCCAGAGAAAUAG